AUCCACUUCCCAUAUCUCUGCCUCAGGUUCCUUAUAAUAUUCACUUUCUUUACAAUCUUUCAAACUCUUCUUACACACCUUCAUUCCCUCCUAUCUCUCCUACAUACUCUUCACGGGCUUCUUUCAUAAAACUUGUACUCACACUCAUCUCCCAAUUGUCCCAUAUAUAUCUACUCCAUAUCCAGUCCACCCAUCCUGAUAAUCAUUCUCAAUCAUGGCUUCCUUGAAAUCUGACAUCUUUUCGGAGCCCGCCAAAUCAUGCUCAAGUUCGAAACGGUUACAAAAUGCGCUGAAGGCCAUUUACACCGAACUGGAGCAGAAUGGAGGGGAUGGAAACCAAUGGCUGGUCCUCAUGGGCAUGCCCCAAACGACCAUUGACAGGCUGAGCGAAGCGGACGACAUACUGCCAGAAAUUGGAGUCCGGUUCAUGUGGGAAGCAAAGACGGGGCUCUUCAAAGUCGUGCCAUCUGCUUCAUAUGAGUUCACUACGUCAGAAAUAACGCGUUACAUCGAAGACCAGAGAGUUCAAAUGGGGAUACCACGAACAGAAGUUUCCUGGGGGAGAACAACCACGAACCCUGGUACUGUUUCGACACACGGCAAGCAACCUGACGAGAGCUUUUAUCCUUCGAGCCGCCCGACUUCUUUUGGCCAGUUAAGUGGAUGGCCGACACUUGUUAUCGAAACUGGUGUCUCAGAAUCUAUGGCAAAGCUCCGGCGCGACGCAACCUGGUGGUUUCAGAAUUCUUCUGGAGACACUAGAACUGUCCUUCUUGUCUCGAUCAAAUCCAGGAGCAGAGAGUUACGCAUUGAGAAAUGGCAACUUGCCCCUCCCAACAUAGGUAGACCGGGUACUACUAGACAACUUAUCGACCAUUUACGCCAGCAACCCGACCAAAUGCCACCUCUAGUCCAGCAGCCCGCAAAUAUGCAGCUCGCAUUUUCUAUUCAGGAGGUAGUCAUUACGCCAACGUCGAUAAUCGGACAGCCUCUUGUGAUCCCAUUUAGGGCUAUGUUUGAUCGGCAACCUACUGGAGCCGAGCGAGAUAUAGUCAUAGAUAAUGAGGGCUUUCGCGAGAUUUCACGUUUCAUAUGA